AUGAAGUGUUUCUUUUUCACUGGUGGGGACAAGAAAGACGAACAGAAGACCCCAAACUCGAUUUCACUGACCUCGAACUUCUCUGACCGCGACAUAAACCGAAGCGGCUCAGAUUUCAACUCUCGUGACGUCUCUGGAACGAGCACGGAGUCAUCCAUGGGGAGGAAGAGCUCGUACCCUCCAAUGUCCACUCGAGCAAGCAAUCUCAGAGAGUUCAGCAUCACUGAUCUCAAGUCUGCAACAAAGAACUUCAGCCGAUCUGUUAUGAUUGGAGAAGGCGGUUUCGGUUGCGUCUACAGAGGAACAGUGAGGGACUUAGAAGACCCUUCGGUUAAAGUUGAAGUCGCCGUGAAGCAGCUCGGUAAAAGAGGGUUGCAGGGGCAUAAGGAAUGGGUUACGGAAGUGAACUUUCUCGGUGUGGUUGAGCAUCCAAACUUGGUGAAGUUGCUUGGUUAUUGUGCAGAAGAUGACGAACGUGGGAUCCAACGGCUUUUGGUUUAUGAAUACAUGCCUAACCGAAGCGUUGAGUCCCACUUAUCCCCUCGGUCACUCACAGUCCUUACUUGGGAUCUAAGAUUGAGAAUCGCUCAAGAUGCAGCUCGUGGUUUAACAUACCUUCACGAACAAAUGGACUUUCAGAUUAUAUUCAGAGAUUUCAAGUCCUCAAACAUCCUUUUGGAUGAAGACUGGAAAGCAAAGCUCUCGGAUUUCGGUUUGGCUCGGUUAGGUCCAUCUGAAGGACUAACUCAUGUUUCUACUGAUGUCGUAGGUACAAUGGGUUAUGCAGCACCUGAAUACAUUCAUACAGGUCGUCUCACAUCGAAAAGCGAUGUUUGGGGAUAUGGAGUGUUCAUCUACGAGCUCAUCACAGGGAGGAGACCAGUAGACAGAAACAAACCUAAAGGAGAGCAGAAGCUUCUAGAAUGGGUGAGACCUUACCUGUCCGACACAAGGAAGUUCAAGAUGAUAUUAGACCCAAGGCUCGAAGGGAAGUACACUAUCAAAUCGGUUCAAAAGCUAGCAGUUGUGGCCAACAGGUGUUUGGUUAGGAACCCAAAGGCACGUCCCAAGAUGAGUGAAGUGUUGGAGAUGGUGACCAAGAUUGUGGAAGCGCCUUCAGGGAGCGGUCUUAGCCCGCAGCUAGUUCCUCUGAAGAUUCUAGAGACUUCUAGAGACUUGGGAGGGAAGAAGAAGACGGUUUUAGAGACAAAGAACAAGGGUGGAGGUGGUGGUGAAGGAGGUUGGUUUGGCAAGUUAUGGAACCCAAAGACAAUAAGAGCUUGUUGA